GGCUGCUACCAGAGCCAGUGCCCCGGCACGCCAGGCAGGCGAAGGCAGCAGGAGUCUGGGCAGCAGAACCAUGCCGAGCUGCUCCUGGUACCUGGUGCGGCUGCUCCCGCUCAGACGGUGGCCGUGGCGGGGCUUCGGCCCCACGUGGGUCUGCAGCAGCCAGCUGGGGAGCGCCCUCCUGGGGCCGGCCCCCCAGAGCUGCUUCGAGCAGGUGGUGGGCGACGUGCGCAGGCACAUGGAGGAGAUGGCCAGGAUAAGCCGUGCUGUCGGCCAGGCCCAGCCGCCCCUUUGCUCGGAGCCUGCGGGCCAGAGGCAGCCGGGGGCGGCUGGGGAUGCCGAGGCGGAGCCGGGCUCCCGGGGGCCGCGGGAGGAGAAGUUCCAGCUCUCUGUGGACGUGGCCGGCUUCUCCCCGGAGGAGCUGACGGUGAGGCUGGAGGGGAGGAGCGUGACGGUGACCGGGAAGCGUGAAAAGCAAAGCACGUGGGAAGAGGGGGGCCGCAGGCGGGAAUGCAGGGAGCUGCGCACCCAGGCUGUGCUGCCAGAGGACGUGGAUCUCCAGGCCGUGACCUGCUCCCUGUCCCGGGACGGACAGCUCUGCAUCCAGGCUCCGCGCCUGGCCCCGCCGCCCGUGCAGGGGAGAGCCCUUCCCAUCAGCAUCCAGCAGGCGCAGGAAGCCGGGGCGGGGAAGGAGCCGCGAAGCAGCGAGGGGCUGGGCAGGGGGCCUGCGGGAGGGAGCGAGGGAACGAGGGGGUCCUGA